AUGAGCAACCAGCUAGUGGGCUUGGGGGUUGACCUUGGGUCUACAGAGGUCAGGAUUGGAGCCUACAAUCUAGAGACAAAUGAACUAAUAUCCAUUGCAUCGAAGCGAGUUACUUAUUAUGACCAUGGCGAUCGAAGAUUCACACAAAGCUCGAUUGAGAUCAUAGCUGCCGUAAUCGAAUGUGUGGGAAAGCUUCCCAUUGAUGUUCUAAAUGUACGAUCUUGUGGUGUUGCAGCCACUUGCUCCCUAGCUGUUUUCUAUCAGGACAUGACACAGGGACUAAAACCUUACAGACUCUAUGGACUAGACAAAGAUGUUCAUCAGAAUGUUGUGUUUUGGAUGGAUGGCUCAUCUACCAAACAAUGCGCUGAAAUAAAUAACUCAGGAGGUAUCGAAUUGGAAUACAUGGGCGGUAGUUUUAUACCGGAGAUGGGGAUACCAAAAUUGGCCUCCGUUUUAAAGGGCUUAAAAGAUGUAGACAAUCCUUUAAGCUUAGAGGUCUUUGACCUACAUACAUACAUUGCAUACGAAAUGGCAGAAAGAUAUCACUGGGACCCAAGUUUGCUAAUAAACAAGCCCAACUGGAAUGGAAUCGGCCACGACGGCGAAGUCAAGGGCUGGAAUAAUGACUUCUACUCGAGGACUCUAAAACCACUUGGAGAUUUUAAGAUAGGACCCACUCGCAUUAAGAAAAUAUUCAGUCUGGUACGGGUUGUGAGUUGUAUUGAUUGUUAUUCGAGCUGGGUUGCUAUGUGUAGUGCAAAAUCAGACGAGUCCUUAUUCAUGGCAGCUGGCACUUCAACGUGCUACAUUUAUGCUAACACCAAAGAUCAAGGAUGUAUCCCAGGUGUUUGGGGACCUUUCACCAAUAUUUUAGAUGGUGGAGAGAAGCCUAAAUGGUCCGUUUACGAGGCUGGCCAAUCUACAACGGGGAAACUCCUCGAACACCUUUUUGACACUCACCCAGCUGCAAGGACUUACUCAAAAGAUAGAGGCUUGUUGUUCGCCGAUAUUGAAGACGCAAUAGAGAUCAUUGAAGCGCAGUGCGGCCAGUCAGUUCACUUGGAAACAAAGCAUAUGUUCACCUACGGGGAACUGCAAGGUAAUAGAACUCCUUUCUGUGAUCCACACAUGUCAGGUAUGUUUAUUGGAGAAAAUGCAGAUACUUCGUUUCGAGACUUAGUUUUCAAAUACGUGUCUGUACUAGAAUUCUUAGCGUUCCAGACAAGACACAUCAAAGAUUGUUUCAAGGCAAAUGUCAGCGACAUUAGAAUUUCAGGAAGUCAAGCUAGAAACACAAGACUGUUAUCCCUAAUUUCUUUGGUCAAUGAUUUACCUGUAAAGAUUCCAGCCCACAGAGCUGAUUUAAUGGGGGUGAAGGGUGCCUACUUGAUGGGCAAAGCGAAGCAUCUAGAUGUCAAUGUUGUCGAUAUCAUAGCCGAGAAUAACAGCAAAAGCCCGACCGCGUAUGAAAUAAACAUACUGGGCUCUCUCAAAAAUAAUCAACAUCUGAAAAAACUCCUGCAGAUUAAAUACGACAUUUACUUAGACAUGGCUGAAACGCAGCGUAAAUAUCGAUCCAUGGUUGAUUCAUGUUUUGCUUGA